UCCCACGAAGAAGAAGACAAACCGGAUGUUACGGGUGCUCCUUUUCCUGACGAAGCUAGAUAAACAAACAAAAGCAAGACAUUAUAUUCCAUAAAUUUAGGGGGGGAAAAAGUAGCCAAAUUAAAUGUAUUAAAUUUAUGGAUAUGUCUACCAGGAAUAAUUAAUUUUCGUAAAGCGGCAAUAAGCGAGGGAAAGAAGGGCUAGCAUCGUACUUGCUGAGUUAGCUGGCAGGCUAUGCAGCUUGUAGUGGUGGUUAGCUCGACAUGUUUAUUUUAGUGCUGGAGUGAAGGAGCGCGACAUGAUGGCAUGACACUGUCGCAGUGCUGGCGCGUAGCUACACUUUCACCUUAAGAUUGGAAGGUUGUGGGAAACACGUAAAAAAACUAAAAGUUUUAACCGGAACUGCACUCCGUAAGAUCUCCUCGUCGUCACCAUGGCGUGGGCUCUGAAGCUGCCUCUCACGGAUGAAGUGAUCGAGUCCGGACUGGCACAGGACUUCGAUGCCAGUCUGUCGGGCAUCGGUCAGGAGCUUGGUGCUGGGGCAUACAGCAUGAGCGAUGUGCUUGCACUCCCCAUCUUCAAGCAGGAGGAGUCGAAUUUGCCUCCCGACAGUGAGAACAAGAUCCUUCCAUUUCAGUAUGUUCUGUGUGCAGCUACCUCGCCUGCUGUUAAACUGCAUGAUGAAACACUCACCUACCUCAACCAAGGCCAGUCCUAUGAAAUUAGAAUGCUUGACAAUCGGAAAAUUGGGGAGCUUCCGGAAAUCACUGGUAAAAUGGUGAAGAGCAUCAUCCGUGUGGUGUUUCAUGACCGACGACUUCAGUACACAGAGCACCAGCAGCUGGAAGGCUGGCGCUGGAACAGGCCCGGGGAUCGCAUCCUUGACCUGGAUAUCCCCAUGUCCGUCGGCAUAAUCGACCCCAGGGCUAACCCUACUCAGCUUAACACUGUGGAGUUCCUUUGGGACCCAUCAAAAAGAACCUCAGUUUUUAUCCAGGUACACUGCAUCAGCACAGAAUUCACCAUGCGCAAGCAUGGAGGAGAGAAGGGUGUGCCUUUCCGCAUCCAGAUCGACACAUUUAAAGCAAAUGAGAGUGAAGAGUACACAGAGCACCUCCACUCUGCCUCCUGUCAGGUCAAAGUCUUCAAGCCUAAAGGUGCGGACAGGAAGCAGAAGACAGACAGGGAGAAGAUGGAGAAGAGGGCGCCGCAGGAGAAGGAGAAGUACCAGCCCUCGUAUGAAACCACAAUCCUGACAGAGUGCUGUCCCUGGCCUGAGGUCACAUACGUCAGCAACUCCCCUUCUCCUGGCUUCAACAGCACACACAACAGCUUCCCCGUUGCAGAGGGAAAUGGAUCACCGAACCACCAGCCGCCUGAGCCGGUCGUUCAGGUAUCGGAUACUGCCCAGUGUGCCGCUCGUCUUUGGGACUUGAAUUUGUUACCCACAGCAACACCGCAAGAUGCACAACAGUGGCUUUUAAUAAACCGCUUCUCGCCGUACUGUCGCCUCUUCACCAACUUCUCAGGGGCAGACCUGUUGAAGCUGACCAGGGAGGAUGUGAUUCAGAUCUGUGGACCCGCUGAUGGAAUACGGCUCUUUAAUGCACUGAAAGGACGGAUCGUUCGCCCGAGGCUGACCAUCUACGUUUGCCAGGAGUCUCAGCAGACGCGGGAGCAGCAAGUGAAACAUGAAAACGGAGAUGCUGCCGCCAACACUUUCUUUGUGUAUCACGCCAUUUACCUUGAGGAGCUCACGGCUGCUGAGCUGACGGAGAAGAUCGCUCAGCUCUUCAACAUCUCACCCAGACAGAUCAAUCAGAUCUUCAAACAGGGUCCCACUGGCAUCCACGUGCUGGUCAGUGAUGAGAUGAUUCAGAACUUCCAGGAUGAAGUCUGUUUUGUAUUGGACACAAUGAAAGAUGACACAAACGACGGUUACCACAUCAUCCUGAAGUGAAAACCGAGCUGGAGAAAAAAAAAAAAAAAGCGUUGCUGUCUUCUUUUUCCGGUCAGCCCCUCUAGAGUGUCAUACUCCUCGUUCUUCCUGGAAUAUAUGGAGAUGCCUCCCCUCCCAAGAAACUUCUUGAGGCUGCUCGGAGGAUUAUGUGACUGAAGCAACUCGCCCUCUCCUCACUUUACCUUACUGUCUUACUUUUAGAGGGAGCCACAGAUGAAUUAACAGCCUCCUUCUCGCCUCCUUCAGUUGUCUCCACUUUUAAAUCGUUGCAUUUUCCCUCUCGUCGCUUACGUCUCAUGAAAGAAGUGAGUGGCGCUGCAGCUGCUUUCACUGUUUUCGUUAGCUGAGCAUCUGCUGUGCCAAAGCUUUGCUUGUCAGCUCUUCAAAAAACCAGCAACCAAAAAAAAGAAGAAAAAAAAA